AACUGGGGCACCACCUGCCUGAGCACGGCCUGUCCCAGCUUUGCCCCGCAGAGCGGAGCCGCAGCCCCGUGCCAGGCUCUUUGCUGCUAAGUGCAGUGGCUGCAUGGAAAAGAUCGCCCCAACAGAGUUCGUGAUGAGAGCCCUGGAGUGUGUUUACCACUUAAGCUGCUUCUGCUGCUGCGUUUGCGAGCGACAGCUGAGGAAAGGGGAUGAAUUUGUUCUUAAGGAAGGGCAGUUGCUCUGCAAAAGUGACUAUGAAAAAGAGAAAGACUUGUUGAGCUCGGUCAGCCCAGACGACUCAGACUCAGUUAAAAGUGAUGAUGAAGAUGGAGAUGUUAAGCCCACCAAAGGACAAGUCACCCAAGGAAAAGGAAGCGAUGAUGGGAAGGACCCAAGAAGACCUAAACGACCGAGGACAAUCCUCACUACGCAGCAGAGACGAGCGUUCAAAGCGUCCUUUGAAGUGUCCUCCAAGCCCUGUAGGAAGGUCAGAGAAACACUAGCAGCUGAAACGGGACUGAGUGUGCGAGUUGUCCAGGUCUGGUUUCAAAACCAAAGAGCAAAGAUGAAAAAACUAGCACGAAGGCAUCAGCAGCAGCAGGAGCAGCAAAACUCGCAGCGACUAGGGCAAGAAGUGAUGUCCAACCGAAUGGAAGGGAUGAUGACAUCUUACACACCACUGGCACCACCGCAGCAGCAGAUUGUAGCAAUGGAUCAAAGCAGUUAUGGCACAGACCCAUUUCAGCAGGGUCUUACCCCUCCACAAAUGCCAGGCGACCACAUGAACCCUUAUGGAAACGACUCCAUUUUUCAUGAUAUCGACAGUGAUACCUCUUUAACUAGCUUGAGCGACUGUUUUCUUGCCUCUUCCGAAGUUAACUCCAUGCAGGCUAGAGUAGGAAACCCCAUUGACAGGCUGUACUCUAUGCAGAGCUCGUAUUUCGCCUCAUGAAAAUAAAAGAAAACAAACAGCCGGCGUAUAUUUAGCCAGUGACUUUUUCCAGUGCAGACUCUACAGCCAUAUGUUGCCCAGCUCUUCCUUCACAGUGACUCCUGCUGCCUCUGGACUGCAAAGAGUAUUUUUAGGAAGACUGUAUCUGUGUGCAUAUAUGUGUAUGUAUGUGUAUAUAUAUUAAUACCGACCUACAUACAUACAUAUAUAUAGAAACAAAACGCAUCCACCAGUCCCGUCCCCUUGAUUCUCAGCUUGCACCAGACCACGAGACAAGCACGGAAGGAACAGAAGACCCUGCUCGUCAGCAGCCUUUGGUUUGGUUUGAGCUCAUCGUUGUAAAGGAAAUGGAUUUUGCGGAAAGCUAGACCUUUUCCUCCUUCCUCUCUUCCUUUCUUUUGGAUGUUUAAACUUUUUUUUUUUUUAAAGCCACUGAUACUGACAUCAGUCGACCAUAUGACAAAUAAAUCAAAGAAACUGGAGAUUCCUCCCUUUUCUUACUGCAUGAUUCAUACUAUGUUGUGGAUAAAUUGCCAUUUGAACUGUGAGAAGUUAAUGUAAAUGUGACGUUCAACAUUUGUUUCCUUUCUACACUUUUUCUACAUAACCUAGAUCUGCUCAUUAGUUUAUAGCCCUUAUGCAUAUGAUACUGAGGAAACUGGUUCGCAGUAAUAUUUGUGGAGAAAGCCAGUGAUUUCAUAAUAAGGAAGGUCUGCGACCCUGGAGAGGAGAUGCAUGUUAGGGACAGAGGCAUUUAGGUUAGUAUUGAUCUUAAAUAAUUAAAACUAAAGGUGCUUACGAGACAGAGUUUUAUUUAAUUUUUUUUUUUUGAAGUGUGAGAAUAAAACAUUUACAUUUGUUUGUAAGUAUUGCAGUGCCAAAUUUCAAGUCUAGACCAUGAUUGGCAAACAUGUGUUGUUCAUUCUGUUCUGUUUAUGUUUUGCAUGAGGCAUAAAUGUGCUAUGCUCCAUUGUCCAUCUGGAAUAAUUAAGCACUCCUUUAGUUAAUUAUCUCGCCUCAGCAAGAAUCUAUGAUAUACAGUUCUAGCCUGAACCAUCAGAAGUCCUGAAAUGCGCACCAACGGGCGGAAAAAGAAGUGUGAGAGAGAUCGCAAUGGGAGGUUUAGGCAUGUUGAGCUGGAGUCUAACCCCCGUCCUGCAGGUUCCACGCUGACGGGACUCCCGUGUUUGCGAUAAAUACUCCAACUAACCUCUUAGUGCAAAUGUAAGAAGAGCAAGUAGACAAACCGAAGGGAACGUCCCAGCUGAAGUCUGAAUGUCUCAGAUGCUGAAGUUUGAGCAUAUGUCAUAUAGGUUUUCGUAGGGCAUAAAAUAUCAUAAAUAAUAAUAGUAUAGUUAUAAAUAUUGCCUGGUGAUAAUUAUAAUGUGGAGAGACAGACAAGUACGGUCAUGGCUCUUAGUGGAGAAAACUUCAUGGGGAAAAUUUGCCAGGGUAAUAUCAGUAAUUAUAGGGUGUGUUCAAAAUAGAGCUCAUGGGGAAAGAUUGGCAGGAUAGGCACUUUCUUAAAUAAAUACCUUUAAUAUAUUGACCAUAAUAGCUGAAAACAAGUCCAAAGCAUUGGUUAAUCCGACUCCCCCAGGCUGAGGACUGGUCCCAGGCCAGCGCUGCCGAGACUCCCGUGGGGCUCGGCACCCUCUGCGGGACCGGGGACUCCUGUCAGGGGGCGGCCAGAGCGGGGCCCCCCAGCGCCACGGCAGAG